CAUCACUGCUUGCAAUCACACACUCUACACAACUCCACCACAAUGUCAAACGAAGAGACAAAUCUCCCACUACCACAAUACUACGCGCGCACGCUGCGGUCCCUCGUGCCCAUCUUCAACGACAGCAUCAGCCUGUCGGACGAGGGUGCCCAAGCGACCCUCAGCCAUGCCAUCGACGACCUGUACCUCAUCAGUCGGAUGCUCACCUCGCUGCACGUGUUCAGCGACAACGAGAGCAUCGACGAGAUCGGCGACAAGGAGCUCGCGUUCAUGACGGUCCCCUGGGUGCUGGGGCAGGCCGAGGCCAAAGGAGGCCUCGGCGGCUACGACCAGCGCAAGGACGCGCUCCGCCGCUCCGAGACGGCCCUCAACGCCUUCCAGCAGCUCCUCCAGAGCUACAAGGUCCUCGGGUCGGACGAGGAGGCCGAGAGCAGCGGCAGCGGCAGCGGUGCUGCCGUCCCCGCUGACCCCGCCAAGCGGCGCGAGGCCAAGAUUCGUGCGUACAGGCGCGAGAAGGAGCUCAAGGAGAACAUUUCAAACGCGCUCCCCGGCCACCCCGACCCGUCGUCUACGCCGCUCGAGUUCAUCCUCGCCCUGCUGCCUGCCGCUCCCGGCGUUGCCCGCGAGUCGUCGACGUCCGUGAACGACGAGGAGCCCGAGCUGCGCGACGCGAGCCUGCUCAUCCUCCGACUGCUGCGUGAACAGGCCGUCGCCACGCUGGCCAACAACGCGAUGGAGCUCGAGAUCCUCGCGCAGGCGCCGCCCGAACCGGUGCAGGGCCCGCUGGACGACCCGCGUGCCCGCCGGACCGAGGACGACGCAGCAGAGUGGCGCCUGGACCGCAAGCUGGCCGGUGCGGUCAAGCCCCGAGAGCUCAUCUCGGGCGGCGGCCGCGUUCUCCGCCCCUUCACGAUCCUCCCGUCCACGACGGCGCUGAGCGACCGCCAGCGCCUCCAGUCCGAAGUGUUCAGGUCGAGCCACCGCCUGCCGACCAUGACGAUUGACGAGUACCUCGCUGAAGAGCAACGACGGGGCAAUAUUAUCACUGGUGGAGGCCAAGCCUCAUACGAUGCCCCCACAGAAUCCGAGCUCUUGGAGCUCGAAGCUGAGAAUGACGGGAGCGCAGCAGCCGAGGAGGCUGCUGAGAAAAAGCGGCAAAAGGAUGAGAACUGGGCAAGGUUUACGGAUGACAACCGUAAAGGGGCGGGGAACACGAUGAAUCGCGGCUGAGUUGAUAGAGAGGUACACCGGGGAAUUCAUGAGACGGCACAGAUGAUGAUAGGUCUACGUAAGAACCGCGGCUAGAUUCGAGCCGCGGUAUUUUGUUUCAGCACAAGAGUGGGUGGGGGAAGAGGAAGGAAUGGGAUUCGAGCUGCGAGUUGUGUGUGUGUGUGUGGCGUGGGUGAAAGAGCAUUGGGUUUCAAGGCACGGCAAUGACCAUUCUAGCAACCAAGUUCAGUGGUGGUCUCGUCGGCGGCGGCGCCUGAUGCGCCUGCGUGAUGCGCCUUUGCCUUUGCCUUUCCUGCGCGAGUGAGCGACUUUGGCCGAGACAAAAUGCAAAUCACCAAUCGAGGAGGUUACUUACCCCUCUCCCUGUGUGGCUGGGGGCUUUGUGGCGUCGUCGCGUGGCGCGACCAACGAGACGAGAGGCACCUCGACGAGGGUAGGUGGGGGGGAGGGGGACGAUAACAGGGCUCGUAGGAGGAGGCCACGAUCAGGUGCUGCGCGCCGCGUGCGCGAUUUGUCGUACCCCCCGCCACAGCGUGCGUGGUAUCU